AUGUUCUCAAAAUUAAAUUACAAAGGUACAUGUAUAAACUGUAAAACAAGUGCAAAGUAUGUUAUUGAAAAGUUCAUUUGCAACAAAUGUCAAAGAUUAGUAAAUAAAAAGAGAACUGAAGAAAUAAAUGCAAAAGACAAAGAAUACUUUAGGAUCUUGACUCAAAAGAAAUCUCGUGAGCUUAGAAGAGCUGCAGAGGCAGAAGCAGAAGCAGAAGCACUCAAGAAUCAAUAUAAUCAAAUUCAAAAAUAA